AAAUGCUAGUUAGCACUCCUAGUUAGCUAACCAGAGAGCUGGCUAACCGUAGUAAACGUUAGUGUUAGUAUAUUUAGCUUGCUAACGCUAACGGCUCAGUACAUUGGUGUAAAUGAAGUUUUAACCUAGCUAAGGUCGUUGCUAUCCCCUUUCCUUACAGCACAUGGUAUAGAGAGACUAAUGUUGGCUUUGUUAGUGGGUAGAAACUGGACGAGGUAGCGUUAAUAUUUCAGUAACUUAUUCCAGCUGGUCGGUUGACGAUAGCUAAUAAUAAUUUAUCAUCCUGUCGUUCGGCGAGAUGUUUAUGAAUUCAUUCAGUCGCCCGCGGCGUUUUUGACGCUUGAUUUAAAAUUUUGGAUCCACGGGGUUUAGAUCAUCAGACGUCUACAAGGAGUGCUCAUGUGUCGCUUGGCUCCUCUGACUCAGCCGGGUCCUGAUCUAGGCGUUUUCCUCCGUGUCUGUACCAGUUAGCCAUGGUGAGCUUUUGUCUACUGACCUGUUAACUCUGAUAUUGCUUGGAUGUCCAGCAACAUAUGCCAUUAUGUUGAUGACGUGGGGUAUUAUUAAACCACCAGGCUUUGUCAGUGAACAGCCGCUGGCUCAGAUCAGUUUCAAAUUAAUAACUUGUGAUUGCUUAUAUGAUUGCUGUUUCUGUAGAUUUCAUUACUUGUCUUUUAUUGAAUUGUGUUCCUAUGCUAAUUUGUGAAGUUGCAGAGGUCCACACUAAAGCUGGUUAAUGUCACCCACAACUGUUUAUCCAAAGCUCUUGUAGGUGCCAUACAUGAGUGACUAUCUGUUUUUGCAGGAAUGGAAGCAAGAGAUAGGGCGUGCAUGGAUUAUUUUUAAAAACAGUCCUGUGAAUAUUUCGGCUGUGUACAACAUUGGUGGAGCUACAAUUUCAGUGGAAACAUGGGGACACAAGGCUCUGGUAGAAAGCGUGCUCCUCUAAAAGAUCGAUUCUCAGCAGAAGAUGAGGCUUUGAGUAGUAUUGCUCGGGAGGCGGAGGCGAGGCUGGCAGCCAAGAGGGCAGCUCGAGCAGAGGCCAGAGAUAUUCGAAUGAGGGAACUGGAACGGCAGCAGAAAGAGCUUUCUUACCACUCAUCCAGCAGUAGCAACAAAAAAUGGGGUCAGAUCCACCAGUGGAUGGCUGACACAGAAAAAGCCAGAUCCUCUAGUAGUAGUAGAUCCAGCAGCCGUCAUCGCCGGGGGCUGGAUGAUGAUGUCAUGUCAGUCCGCAGCUACAGGUCAACAUCAUCAGCAAUACGUGAUUUGGGGUCUAGCAAGAGUCGAUCCAGUUCCCGUAGAAAAGACGCCUUGUCUGAUGGCCUCUCCAUUAGCUCCACCCUCAAGAGUUCCCGCUCCACUAGUUCUGUGUACAAUGACCUGCAUGGCCAUAAAAAGGCUUCAUCCAGCUCUUCGAGGAAGGACCUGCUGACUGGACUGUACCAUGAUCAAAGGAACUACACCAGCCUUACGAAGACCAAACCACCGCCUCCACCCUCAACUUCCACCUAUCAGCCACGGGCCACCACUUCCUCGUCCUCCACCACCAGCACGGGGCUGUCUCGCAGCUACAGCAUGGCCUCUAUUUACGACGACACUGGUCUGUACGGCUCAGGCUACAGUUCAAAAGCUCCCUCUGAAUACAGCUGGUACUCCUCUGGAGCCAGCUCCACUCGCAGCAGCCCUGUGUCUUCCUCAGAUGAUGAUACUGUCAGCAGUGUGUCCCAGGAACGCUUCAACAGAGGCCGGAGGGACAGUGCGUGCUCAGACUUCUCAGACAUAAGUGAGUCAGCUGCUGAUUAUUUCAGCCGCUCCAACCGAAGGGGCAGUAUUGUGUCUGACCUUGAUGAUUUGAGCAUUCCAGAUUUGGACACUCUGGACGAAAAAUGUGACAAGCAGUAUUCAGAUUACAGUCGGCCAUCUUCCCGCUGUGCCACCCCGGGCCUCUCAGCGGCCACCUUGGCAUCACUGGGUGGCACCUCGUCACGACGAGGUAGCGCAGACACUGGUAGUGUCUAUGAACCCGACACCAGCCUGAGUGAACUUAGGGAUAUCUAUGAACUAAAGGACCAGAUUCAGGAUGUAGAAGGGCGGUACAUGCAAGGGCUUAAAGAGCUGAAGGAGUCACUAACAGAGGUGGAGGAGAAGUAUAAGAAAGCCAUGGUAUCGAACGCACAGCUGGACAACGACAAAGCCAACCUCAUCUAUCAAGCGGACACGCUCAAGGACGUCAUAGAGGAGAUGGAGGAACAAAUGGCAGAGAUGAAGAGGGAGCUGGAAGAAAAGUCAAAGGAACUAGAAAGACAGAAACACACAUGUACAGUUCUGCAGCAUAAGCAAGAAGAACUGAAAGAGGGAAUCCGCCAGAGAGAUGAGCUUAUAGAGGAGAGCCAGCGAAUGCAGACUAAGUUAGAUGCCCUCACCAGAGAGGUGUUUGACCUGCAGGAAACGAUAAACUGGAAGGACAAAAAGAUUGGGGCCCUAGAGAGGCAGAAAGAGUACUUUGAUUGCAUUAGGAAUGAGAGAGAUGAGCUCAGAGAUGAGCUCGCUGACAUCAAGGGGAAGUCCAAAGCAGGAGAGAAACACGGGCUGGUCAUCAUCCCAGACGGCACACCAAACGGGGAUGUCAGCCAUGAGCCUCUGUCCUCAGGGAUCACGCUGGUCUCCCAGGAGGCUGCCCAGGUGCUGGAGUCUGCAGGAGAAGGUCCGCUGGAUGUCAGGCUACGGAAGUUGGCAGAGGAGAAGGACGAACUGUUGGCUCAGAUCAGGAAGCUGAAGAACCAGCUGGAGGAGGAGAGACAGAAACACUCAAAGGUGGACAGUGCUUACACAGACGGAGAGAGGAUGGAGAACGGUACAGAUCUACACUUUAUUGAGAUGCAGAGAGAUGCUAACAGACAGAUUAGUGAAUACAAAUUCAAGCUUUCUAAAGCAGAACAGGAAAUGGGUACAAUGGAACAAAAUAUUAACAGACUUGAAGGGCAAGUGUCCAGGUACAAGGCAUCAGCAGAUAACUCGGAGAAAAUAGAAGACGAACUGAAAGCAGAAAAACGGAAACUGCAAAGAGAGCUGCGCACAGCUCUAGAUAAGAUCGAGGAGAUGGAGAUGACCAACAACCACCUAGUAAAGCGCCUUGAGAAGAUGAAGGCCAACAGGAACGCUCUUCUGUCACAGCAGUGAGGCAAGGCAGCGUCACCACAGAAGCCCUUAAACUCGCACCUCAGACCUCUGACUGCCAGACUGCAUCUGGAGCACAUUUCCAUUUUCCGCUGUAACACUUUAAGAUUUGUAGCUAACCAAAAACACUUAAAAACUUGUAGCACAGGCGAAAAACGGAACUGUGUCCUGUUUUUUUUUUUCUUUCUUUCUUUCUUUUUUUUUAUUACCGGAAGCAUUAGUAUUGUCUGGCAAGCCGCCAGUGUUUUUGGAGGAAUGACUCAGAAACCUGAAUAAUAAAACUCUAAAAGUUGCUGGGAGAUCCAUCUGAGGACAUUUCUCUAGUCACUACUUCAUUUUUCAGAGCUUUCUACUACAUCAUGUUAUUCAAGGUUUAAUUUCCCUCUGCCUGGGUGCUUGGCUGUACUUUUUGUGUAUUUGUUUUGUUGUUUUUUUUUUUUUUGAUAAGUUGCAUGAAUGAGAAUAAUGAUGCUUUUAAAAGAUUCAACCCUCGUGGCUCCUCAGGCCCCGCACCUUCCCAGCUUCCCCUCACACAGUGAAGUGCCUUUUCACACUAGGAGACUGGGGGUCUGCACCGCUCAAUGAAAUAAUUGUUUUAACAGGUACGGUAUGAUGUAUUUAAAAAGAAAAAGGUGCAGUCAUUAUUUGAAAAUAUAUAGAACCAGCUUUGUCUGCUGCGGUUUCAUUGAAAUUUUUUCAGAUAUUUAAAAGAUUUCUUGAAAAUAAAUGUGUAAUUUACAGAACUGUG